AUAAAUAAUAAAUUAAUAAUAAUAAUAAUAAACAUAAAUGUGAUAUGUAUAGUGUUAAAAUUUGUGUGCGUGAGUUGCCACCAGGGAAUAAUGGGAAGAAAUAACGGGUAGCACCGAGUGAUCAGAAAAGGAAGAAGAAAUGGAAAAAGAUUCUGUGUGUUUGAUGCAACAUAAAUAUAUAAUAUAUGGUUUAUUGGUGGACGCGGAUCUAGCACACUUAUCAUGUCGGGAUGUUACCAGAACCUCAAAUUUCAUUCUUAAUAGGAGAAUAGGACGGGAUUGGACGAAUGGGAGGAGAGGAUUAGAUAAAAAAUUCAAGUUUGAUUGCGCAAUAUGAGAGAUUCAAAAUAUUUUUCUUCACAUAUCUUGAACGAGAUUAUAAUGUGUGCUUUGAGGGGCCUUAGUUUUGGAAUGAUCAAGUCUGGGCAACACGGGGCUAAUCUGCUAAUUAUCAAAUCAUAUCCUCUCAAUUGCGUUUUAUGAGCAAGAGAGAUUGGUAUUUUAUCGCUUUAAUUGGUUUUCCAGACAGGAAAUAAUCAACCAAUAAUUAAGUAUUUAAUAAAUAACCGUUUCACUCCCUUAAAAAUUUGCUUUAUCUGUCUGAUCUGAGAUGGCCAUGGAAGUGGAACUCAGCGGCAGUAGUUCUAGCUUUGAAAUCGUCGAGCCUGUGAACUUCUACGGAGAAGCUGGUGAGAACAGCAGUUCGUUCAGCAACAUCCAGAGUCGAUUGACCUACGAAGCGGUUGUCGACCUUCUCACCAAUACCCCUGACUCGAAGUGCACAUGUUGGCCUCCUUCGAAGCCCAAGAAUGGCGACAUCUUCAUCUUCACUUACGAAGACGAGAAGCACCACUUCGACUUUGUGGCCGAUGGUAUGAAUUGGCGCAACCAGGGCACCAGGUUGUACUCAAAAGAGGGCAUCGUUGUCAAGAAACGCUACUACCAACGCAGAAUCGGCAAAGAUGCUGUGGAUUUCCGUAAGAAUGUCUUCGAGAUCAGCAGCUUAACUCGAGUUUUGAUCCAUUACUUUGGACCAAGGGACGAGGAUCUCCCCGAAGCCCCGCAUGGUAAUCGCAAAAAGCAUUUGGAUAAAGGGCACGUACGCGUCAUGCCGUCCGUGCUUGCCGACAUUAAGGAAAGCAAGGACAACGUUGGAGAGAUCUACAUGAAGAUGGUGGCUGAGUGUAAAGUACCUCCGCAAAACUUCAAGGUUGCCAUGCCGCGGAACAUUAAGCAGGUCGAGAACAGGAAACAAUAUGAAAAGAAACAUGAAGGCGUCGAGAAGGUUGAUGUUGACGAGAUCAGUUCGCUGUUGCAGCUGAACACAGACCUUGGAGGCUUCGUGAAGUACCUUUCGUUUGUGCCGUGCCUUAACAUUGUACUGAUCAACGAACAAGUUCUCGGUGACUGGAGCGAAAUGGCAAGUAGCGGUGAGAGGUGCCUCUUGUCAUACGUCACACGACUCAGGGUCAGGGACAUCUACAUUUCUGCGCUCAUUGCUCUCAACCACCAAUUUUCUAACGAGCCCGGCGUACCGCUGGCAUACCUGCUGCACCAGCGCAAUUCUGUGUCGGCCUACAAGCUGCUUUUGAGGGAAGUCAAAGACGUGGCUCCUGCUAUCGACUCAGAAAAUAUAUUUGUGGUCACGGAAAGAACACCGGAGGUACAGGACGCAUGGAAGGAAGUGAUCCAAAACGCACCCCUUUUCACGUGUUGGGAGAGCAUCAAGAAAACAGCUUUUAACCACCUUAAGAAACUGAGAGUCACUGGACCUGAGCGGAAAACCUACAUCGAGACACUAAAUUCGUUAAUGACUUCUGAAUCUGAAGAAGAGUACAUGAAUCAUUACGAGGAAUUCAAGCACAUUUGGAUGCACGAUUUCAGUGCUUUCUACGACACACAACUCUUUGACGUCAUAAAAUCUUCGAUUCGUGGCAAUCUUCUCUUACAUGACGUGUACUCCGAGGACCGUGGUAUAGUAGCUAUCGAGUGUGAAGGCUUCAACGCCGUCCUCCUUGGCUUAUCGAAUUGGAAUAACCCUAAUCUGGACGGCGUGACGCUAUCGCUUUACAUGCUCAGCUGCUACUACCAGAAGGAACUGGACAGGGGCUAUAAAGGUGAUGGCCCGUGGCGCCUGAACCCUGGAUAUGAACCUCGUACGCGAGUGCUGACCGACGAUGCUGCCAUGCUGGAGGGCGUUGUUGAUCCUGAUCAGAUCGUGCAAAUUGUACAGAACAAAGUUAGCUCGCAGCCUUCAGUGUAAUUCUACGAUGCCAGAAUUGUACGGAAGAUAUUUGGCUUGCAUGCUCUGCAAGUUCCGUAGUCGAUAGAGCAUGCCAGCGUAGGUGUUAAGUCCACCAAUUAUGUGCCCAGACCUGGAACGUCGCGUUAAUAUGUAUGUAUAAUUAUGAUUUGCAUUAGGUCGUGAUUACAUGUUAUUUAAUUGCCAGUGCAUGCCUCUAAGGAUACCAGUAUGAUCGCGUAGAAGUCCCGACGAAGUUAAAUUUUGCUAUUGUGUGGUGAAGCUGUCGCAGGAGCUAUUUUGUAUAUUUUAUGAUAAUUAAUUUGCAGUACAGUUCUUAUUUAUU